CUCUAACACAUAAUCAUUAUUGUACGAGGUUUGGAAAUAAAAUAAAAAUGGAUGCAGGUGAUCUUUAUAAAGUUAGCAAUAGCAUUAGAUCAAACAGCUCCAACAUAUGGAGAAAUACGGGCAUGGAGGCCUUCUCACGCUCUGCACGUGAAGAAGAUGAUGAGGAAGCCUUAAAAUGGGCCGCACUUGAAAAGCUGCCCACUUUCGAUCGUCUGAGGAAAGGUCUUUUGUUCGGGUCAAAAGGUGCUAACGAGGUAGAUGUUCGUAAUCUCGGCUUUGAAGACAAGAGGACUUUGAUCCAGAGGCUGGUUAAUACCGUGGAAGAAGAUAAUGAGAAAUUUUUGUUGAAGCUAAGAGACAGAAUUGAUAGAGUGGGCAUUGAUAUGCCAACAAUUGAAGUUAGAUAUGAGUAUCUAAACAUUGGUGCGGAAGCCUACAGUGCAAGCAGGGCUCUGCCUACUUUUCUCAAUUUCAACAUCAAUCUUGUUGAGGGAAUAUUGAACAGUCUGCACAUACUUCCAAGUCGAAAAAAACCAUUCACAAUCCUAAAGAAUGUGAGUGGUAUUAUAAAACCCUGCAGGAUGACUUUGCUCUUAGGCCCUCCAAGCUCUGGCAAAACUACCCUUUUGUUAGCUCUCGCUGGGAAGCUCGAUCCCACUCUUAAAGUUUCGGGUAAUGUGACAUAUAAUGGACACGGAAUGCAAGAAUUCGUACCCCAAAGAACUGCGGCGUACAUUAGCCAACACGAUCUGCAUAUCGGUGAAAUGACUGUCAGAGAAACUUUAGCAUUUUCUGCUAGAUGCCAAGGUGUUGGCUCUCGAUACGAAAUGCUGGCAGAGCUGUCAAGGAGAGAGAAAGCAGCAAACAUCAAACCAGAUCCUGAUAUUGACAUCUUCAUGAAGGCAGUGGCCACUGAAGGCGACGAAGCAAAUGUCGUCACAGAUUACGUCCUAAAGGUUUUGGGCCUCGAUAUUUGUGCCGAUACUUUGGUCGGGGAUGAGAAUAUAAGGGGAAUCUCCGGCGGCCAGAAAAAACGUGUCACAACUGGAGAAAUGAUUGUUGGGCCAGCAAAUGCUCUCUUCAUGGACGAGAUAUCCACUGGACUCGAUAGCUCGACUACUUACCAAAUCGUGAACAUUCUAAGACAACAAGUCCACAUAAUGAAGGGCACUGCUUUAAUCUCCCUCUUGCAGCCGGCACCCGAGACGUACAACUUGUUUGAUGACAUAGUCCUCUUGUCAGAUGGACAGAUAGUCUAUCAGGGCCCACGUGAACAAGUGCUCGAUUUUUUCGAGUCCAUGGGCUUCAAAUGCCCACAAAGAAAAGGAGUGGCUGAUUUCUUACAAGAAGUGACCUCAAAGAAAGACCAGGCGCAAUACUGGGCAAGUAAAGACGAGCCUUACAGAUUCAUUUCAGUUAGCGAAUUUGCAGAGGCUUUUCAGUCGUCUCCUGUCGGCCGAACGCUCGAGGAUGAGCUGGCGGUUCCAUUUGAUAAGAAAAAAAGUCAUCCAGCCGCUUUGACCACGAAAAUGUUCGGCUUGGGUAAAAAAGAACUCCUCAAGGCAUGCACCGAAAGAGAAAUCUUGUUGAUGAAGAGAAACUCGUUCGUCUUCUUCUUCAAGAUUUUUCAGAUUACUAUGGUGUCCUUUAUUGCAAUGUCGGUUUUCUUUCGAACGGAGAUGAAAAAAGACACAGUAGGAGAUGCUGGCAUAUACACGGGAGCUCUAUUUUUCGCGGUUAUAAUGAUUAUGUUCAACGGUUUGUCCGAGCUAGCGAUGACAAUUAAUAAACUUCCGGUAUUUUACAAGCAACGGGACAUGUUCUUCUUCCCUGCAUGGACUUACGGUCUCCCAUCAUGCCUAUUGAAAAUACCCGUCACUUUAAUUGAAGUUGCCAUAUGGACAUUCCUCACUUAUUACACCAUAGGUCUUGAUCCUAACAUAACAAGGUUUGCAAAGCAUUACCUGCUGCUUUUAUUCGUUAGCCAAUCGGCUUUAUCGUUGUUCCGAUUUAUUGGGGCGGCUGGGAGGAACAUGGUCAUUGCAAACACGUUCGGCUUAUUUGCUCUCCUAUUGUUGUUUGCGCUAGGUGGCUUUGUUCUGUCAAGAAAUGAUGUGAAGGGGUGGUGGAUAUGGGGCUACUGGUCCUCAUCUUUGAUGUAUGCUCAGAACGCGAUUCUCGCAAACGAGUUUACGGCGCACAGCUGGAGCAAAUUGGUAAAUGGGACAAAGUUGGGGACCUUAGCAAUGCAGUCCCGUGGGUUCUUUCCUGAAGAAUACUGGUAUUGGCUAGGACUUGGGGGCUUGGUUGGAUUUAUAUUCCUAUACAACAUCCUCUUCAUCAUAUCUCUUGCAUUUCUCGACCCUUAUGAGAAGCCUCAGGCCGUACUACCGCAAGAAAAUGAAGAGGUUGAGUCCCGACAUUCGGAUGCCAUUGAGCCUGUUGAGAAUAAUAAAAGAGGAAUGAUACUUCCAUUUGAGCCACACUCAAUCACGUUCGAUGACAUCAGCUACUCGGUUGACAUGCCGCCUGAAAUGAAAGCCCAAGGAGCCACCGAAGACAAAUUGGAACUUCUCAAAGGCGUGAGUGGAGCUUUUAGACCCGGAGUUCUUACAGCAUUGAUGGGCGUGAGUGGGGCCGGGAAAACAACUCUGAUGGACGUUUUAGCCGGAAGAAAAACCGGAGGAUAUAUUGACGGGAACAUAACCAUCUCUGGAUACCCCAAAAACCAAGCCACAUUCGCUCGGAUUUCGGGUUAUUGUGAGCAAAACGACAUCCACUCGCCAAAUGUCACAGUGUACGAGUCGCUUGUAUACUCGGCUUGGCUGAGGUUGUCGCGUGAUAUCGAUGCACAGACUAGAAAGGUGUUUGUUGAAGAAGUGAUGGAACUUGUGGAGCUCACUCCGUUGGGGGGAGCUCUAGUCGGUUUGCCGGGGGUUAAUGGGCUCUCGACCGAGCAGAGAAAGAGGCUCACGAUAGCUGUCGAGUUAGUAGCCAAUCCUUCUAUAAUAUUCAUGGAUGAGCCGACAUCGGGGCUCGACGCUAGAGCUGCUGCUAUUGUGAUGAGGACUGUUAGGAACACGGUGGACACGGGAAGAACUGUCGUGUGCACCAUUCACCAGCCGAGCAUCGACAUAUUCGAAGCGUUUGAUGAGUUGUUUCUGAUGAAACGCGGAGGACAAGAAAUAUACGUGGGGCCAUUGGGUCGCCACUCGACCCAUUUGAUCAACUACUUUGAAGAAAUCGAAGGAGUGGCGAAGAUUAAGGAUGGCUACAAUCCGGCUACAUGGAUGUUGGAAGUUACUACUUCAGCACAAGAGCAACUCUUGGGCGUGGACUUCACCAAACACUACAAGAAAUCGGAUUUAUACAUGAGAAACAAAUCUCUUAUCAAAGAAUUAUCCAUCCCGCGCCCUGGCACGAAAGAUCUUUAUUUCCCAACACAAUAUUCACAGUCUUUUCUCACUCAAUGCAUUGCCUGUCUGUGGAAACAACACUGGUCAUACUGGCGCAAUCCUCCUUACACGGCCGUUAGAUUCUUAUUCACAACCUUUAUAGCCCUUAUCUUUGGGACAAUGUUUUGGGAUCUUGGUUCAAAAUGGAAUACGCAACAAGAUCUCUUCAAUGCCAUGGGUUCCAUGUAUGCAGCCAUCAACUUCUUAGGUUUCCAAUAUGGCUCCACAGUACAGCCAGUUGUGGCCAUUGAAAGAACGGUCUUUUACAGAGAAAAAGCAGCAGGGAUGUAUUCGGCUUUACCAUACGCAUUCUCACAGUUCCUCAUUGAGAUCCCAUACGUGUUUGUUCAAUCCAUUGUGUACGCUGUCAUUGUCUACUCAAUGAUGGGUUUCGAUUGGACAGCCGAAAAGUUCUUCUGGUUCAUGUAUAUCUUGUUCAUGUCAUUACUAUACUUUGUCCUCUAUGGAAUGAUGACUGUCGCUGUCACCCCUAACCACAAUGUUGCUGCCAUUAUCUCAUCUUUCUUUUACGGUCUAUGGAAUUUGUUCUCCGGAUUUAUCAUUCCACGACCAAGGAUCCCUGUUUGGUGGAGAUGGUACUACUGGGCAACCCCACUGGCUUACACACUGUACGGUUUUAUUAUUACACAAUUUGGAGAAAUUAAGGAUGUGAUGGAGACAGGUGAAACAGUUGAAGAUUUCUUGAGAAACUACUUUGGGUUUAGACACGAUAUGCUCGGAUUAGUUGCUGGCGUGCUCCUCGGAUUUGUCGUUUUAUUCACGUUCGUCUUUGCGUUCUCCAUCAAGACAUUCAACUUCCAGAGGAGAUGAAGAACAAACACUAAGAGUCUAAGAGGUUUUCUGGCAUGUGAAGGUUAACAUGCUAUUGCAUGCUUUAGGAAUUUAAACUUAUACCUAUUAAGUAGUCAUUUUAAGAACUUUGUAUAGUAAAUUUUUAGAGGUGUUGUGUGUUGUUACCUUGAAUUGAGUAAUUCAUGCAAUGUACAUUUUCAAGCUAUGUUAGUUAAUUUAUCUUUAGUUAAUCAACAACUGGGGUGUNUUU